ACAAAAAAGAAAGUCAAUAAAGACAAAAGGGUCCUCUAAAAAGAAAAAACCAAUAACUUUGUCAAAAUUGCUUUGAACGCUAAACCUCUUCGUCUCCCAUUGAUCUUCACUCCACUCAACCUCUUUUCUCCUCUGAUCUCUGCCACCGGCCGACGGGCCUCCGUUAUUCUCCAGUGAAACUCUCUUCAUCUUCGGCGAACCAUUGUUCUCACAACCUCUCUUCACCUCUGCCGGACCUUCAACCUCUUAUCUCUUCCAUUGUCGGACCUUAUCCUUGCCUCUACCCUCCGUUGGAGCUUCUCUCUUCGUCAAUUUGGGUCAUUUUGUCUCUGGAAUAUGAAGCCACAACCAUAUGAAGAACUUCGACUCAAAAAUAUGGCAGAAAAUCAGAAAAGGAUAGAUGCUCUCAAGUUGCGUCAACUAUCGAAAUCCAUAUCCAAACCGUCUUCUUCGAUUUCGAAACCAUCUUCGAAAAUUGAUACGGAAAAAAGUUUAAAGCCAAAGCUGAAAGCUCAAAACAAAGGUGGAACAAGUGCUUCCAAAUUUGAGCUACCCAAUGCAAGAUCAAGCUUUGAAUUGGUUAGGAUAUUCAGCAUCAAGCGUGAAAAUUUAGCUAAUAAUAUUGAAAAAUCUGUUGCACAAGUGGUUGGAACUAGAGAAAAUGUUAGCAAUCAAAAAGCCUUUGUUUAGGAUUGCACCUCAGGCACCAAUCAAAUUAUCAAAUUUCACAACAAUUGGUCAAAAGGAUUUAACCUCAAACAAGGGUCAUGAUACAGCAAAAGAGAAAUUUGAUGCCAAGAAAGUCACAAAUGAAGCAUCAGUGACUAAAAACCAUGAGUCAAGACAAAACCAAGAUCCAAGAGGCAACCUUAUCACUCAAAGCAAAGGAUCCCUGCAGAAAAAAGAGAUGUUUAAUCCCAAGAGAGUCACGAAUGAAGCAUUGGUGACUAAAAACCAAGGAUCCAAACAAAAUCAAGAUCCAAGAGGCAACCUUAUGACUCAAACCAAAGGAUUUGUGCAGAAUCAACAUCCAAAUAAACAACCUGCGAGAAAGGUAGUUCUUGAAGAAGUUGAGUCACCCAUGAAAAUUACUUAUGCUGAAAAUGACAACUUAGGAACAAGAGAGAAUCCAAAAAAAUGGGUGGGGGAUGAAGACGAUGAGGCAAUGGAGAGUCAGCAAAGUGCAACAAAGAAGACAAAAAGAAUUCCAUUGUGCAAAUCAACGACAAUUGUUGAGUUUCUUAAGGAAAACAAUGUACUUAGCGAUGAAGAAGAUGAAGAAGAAUUGGAAAAUGAAGACGAAGAUGGAGAAUAUGCCAUGGAAGAAGAAAAUGAAGAGGAAGAUGGUGAAAAUAAUGGUACAAUUAAGAAAAAAACACGUGGAUCUACUCAAUGCUUGAAAAUACAUGCAAGAAAAAUUCAAGAUCGUCAAGAAGUUAUACUUGAUGAUAUUGGAGAACCGAUUGGACCUGACGAAAAUGUUGUCUCUGACUUGAGUAUGUUUCUUGGCACUGUCGCUAGGAACUCAGCUUUUUGUCCCUUCCUUUACACAAACUUUAAGAAAGUUGUAGAGAAUCAUGGGGAAGCUAUAUGGAAUUUUGUUCAGGGUAUAUUUAUUAUUCCCGAGAAAGGAAGGAAAGGUGUUUUUUCUUGAAUCAACGAUGCUUGGAGACGUUACAAAAGUCAAAUCAAGCAAAAUCAUUAUCUGCCAUAUUCGACCUUAAAGGAUAGGUUAAAGCACAGGCCUGAUGAAGUACGAGAACCUCAUUUCAAGAAAUUGUUGAAAUUUUGGGACCAUCCUACUAUCCAAAACAUAAGCCAAAAAAACACUGCCAAUAAGGCUAAGCAGAAGUUUAUGCAUCGAAUGGGGCCGAAAAAAUUUGCUAUGAUUCGGCAAAAAUUGCUCGCAAAGAAGGAUGAUGGAGAGGAAGUCACCCAAGCAGAAAUGUUUAUCGAAACACGUCAACCUCAAAAAGGAAAAACCGAUGAAGAAACAGAGGCAGCUGUUGCCAAGCUUCAGGAUUCAAUCCAAGAUUCCAGUCAGUCUCCAAACCAAGUGUUUCAGUCUUUGUUUGGUAAAGAAAAGCCUGGUAAAGUUCGUUGUUUUGAAAGAACAGCUACAUCGUCAAUGUUGAAGAAGAAUGAAGAAAUUGCCAACAUUAAGAAACACUAUGAAGGUGAAAUGACUAGGAUGAAGGAGAGGAUGGAAGCAUAUGAGUCAUUGACAAAGAAGAGGAUGGAAGCAUAUGAGUCACUUCUAAAAUGUGUAUUACUGCAACAAAAUCCAAAUUUAAGUGUAGAUGAUGUGGAUAACAUGAUGGGACAUGCUUUGGGCAUUGAAAAUAGUGCAGUACACCAUUCAUCUACAUCAACCCAUGUUCCUAAAAAGUUUAGACCGAAGAUUAUCUUCAAGAGGAAUGAUGCUAGUGGAUUGCACGUAAUACUUGUUUUAUGUUUUGGAAAUGCAAGACCCGUAUUUUAUUUUUUGGAAUAAAAAACUUAGCUGUUUUUUCUUUUGGAAGACAAGACACUUGACUGUUAUGUUUAUUGUGGAACCGUGAAUUGGUUUUUUGUGGAAGUUACCGGAUUUUGUUAAAGAUGACUUUGUCUUUCCUUAAUUAAAUAUAUAUUUUAAGA